AUGUCGUCCAAAAUGCAAACAAAACGCCUGCUGCGUGAGCUAACGCAGCUCAAGAAAACGCCAUGCCCGAACAUUUCCCUCCAGUCCACCGACAGCCUCGAGACAUGGUUUGUAGACAUAAAGGGCGUCGACAACACGCUGUAUGCAAACGAAAACUUUACACUGCAGUUCAAGUUUACCCGGGAAUAUCCAAUUGAGGCUCCAGAGGUUACGUUUAUUGGGAACGUGCCGCUACACCCACAUGUCUACAGCAAUGGCCACAUUUGCCUCAGCAUUCUGUACCAGUACUGGACGCCUGUGCUCACCGUCGAUGGCAUUUGUCUGUCGAUACUGUCGAUGCUAUCGAGCUGCGAGAAAAAGGAGCUCCCACGGAAAAACGACGUGUACAUCAAGAAAGCCGGUCCAUCGCCUAAGGACACAGCGUGGAUCUUUGACGAUGGCACAGUUUAG